GCCGGACGCACGGCCGAGGUGGGGAGGGGGCCGCCGGAGCGGCGGAGAGGGGCGGGGCGUUGCUGAGGGCGACUGGCGGCCAGAGCUAGGUUGAGAGCGAAGGAAGAGAGAACGGGGGUAGAGAGAGAAAGAGAGGGAGAAGGAGAGAGAGAGAGAGAGAGAGAGAGAGAGGGAGAGGGAGAGAGAGAGAGAGAGAGAGAGAGAGAAGUCGAGACGGAGAAGGAGAUCGAGAGCGAGAUCGCUGCGGGGGUCGCGUGAGCUGACGGCCGACGCGGCCCGGCCCGGCCCGAGGACGGAGCGAGCGAGUGAACCCGCGGGCCCGAAGGAGGCGGAGGACGGGCAGGGCGCGUGCGCGGGCCCGGGCCCCGCCACCAUGACAGAGGAGUCGGAGGAAACAGUCCUUUACAUUGAACAUCGCUAUGUGUGCUCGGAGUGUAACCAGCUCUUUGGCUCCCUAGAGGACGUGCUCCUGCACCAGAACUCGCAUCUCCCUCAGCAGCAUUUCGAGGUGGUGGGGGUGGCCGACCCUGGGGUCUCCGUGGCCACUGAAGCUCCCAGUGGUUCUGGCCUCUACCAGACGUUGGUGCAGGAGAGCCAGUACCAGUGCCUGGAGUGUGGGCAGCUCCUCUUGUCCCCUGGCCAGCUGCUGGAGCACCAGGAGCUACAUCUCAAGCUGCUGACCACCCAGGAGCCAGCCCCUCCUGAGGCGCCCCCUGCCAAGCCGGCCCCUCCCGUCUCAGCCAGCGCCAUCCACUACGAGUGUGUGGACUGCAAGGCGCUCUUCUCGAGACAGGAGCUGUGGCUGAGCCAUCGCCAGACACACCUCCGGGCUGUGGCCGCCGUCGCCGCCACAGCCGCCUCCCCUCCCCAGCCUUCGCCGCCCCCAGCCGUGGGACCCCAGCUGGGCCAGGCCCAGGUGGCUCUGGAGCACUCCUACCGCAAGUCUGAGGAGGCGGGGGAAGCGGCAGGCCCCGCAGGGGCUGGCGAGGUAGUGGCCGAAGUUGAGCUGCUCCUUUAUAAGUGUUCUGAGUGCUCCCAGCUCUUCCACCUGCCAGGCGACUUCCUGGAACACCAGGCUACUCAUUUUGGGCCGUCGGCCCCUGGCCCCGAGACUGCCGGGGCCCCGGACCUGCCCCCGACAUCUGACCACAGCUAUGAGCUUCGCAAUGGCGGGGAGAGUGCAGGUAGCGGGGCCGGGCGGGAGCGCAGGGGCGGCCGGCGGCUGCUGCGGCGUGCUGGCGGGGAGCCCCCAGGGGUGGCCUCCCCAGAGCUCUUCUGCCCCACCUGUGACCAGCUCUUCCUCUCCCCCCAUCAGCUGCAGCAGCAUCUGCGCAGCCACCGCGAGGGGCUCUUCAAGUGCCCUCUCUGUAGUCGCGCCUUCCCCAGCCCACCCAGCCUGGACCAACACCUGGGCGAACACAGCGGCGAGUCCCACUUCCUGUGCGUGGACUGUGGCCUAGCCUUCGGCACGGAGGCCCUCCUCCUGGCGCACCGCCGCACCCAUACCCCCAACCCACUGCACUCGUGCCCCUGCGGCAAGACCUUUGUCAACCUCACCAAGUUCCUUUACCACCGACGCACACAUGGUGCGGGGGGCGUCCCCAUCCCCGCCCCUGCCCCAGCAGCACCCUCUGAGGAUCCCGAGCCCACGCCCGUGGAGGCAGGAGGAGCCCCAGGGGCUGCAGCCCCCACCAGUGCCCCCACGGGUCCCCCUAGUAACCUCCCUGUGGUGGCGGGCCCCCACCGCUGCCUUCUCUGCAGCCGCGAGUUCAGCAAGGCACUGCAACUUGCUCGCCACCAGCGUUUUGUGCACCGGCUAGAGCGGCGGCACAAGUGCGGCGUCUGUGGUAAGAUGUUUAAGAAGAAGUCACACGUGCGUAACCACCUUCGCACCCACACCGGUGAGCGGCCCUUCCCCUGCCCCGACUGCGCCAAGCCUUUCAACUCACCCGCCAACCUGGCGCGGCACCGGCUCACGCACACCGGGGAGCGCCCCUACCGCUGUGGUGACUGUGGCAAGGCCUUCACUCAGAGCUCCACGUUGCGCCAACACCGCCUCGUGCAUGCUCAGCACUUCCCCUACCGCUGCCAGGAGUGUGGCGUGCGCUUCCACCGGCCCUACCGCCUGCUCAUGCACCGCUACCACCACACUGGUGAGUACCCCUACAAGUGCCGAGACUGCCCGCGCUCCUUCCUCCUGCGCCGCCUGCUUGAGGUGCACCAGCUGGUAGCCCAUGCUGGGCGUCAGCCUCACCGCUGCACCGCUUGUGGCGCAGCCUUUCCCUCCUCUCUGCGUCUGUGUGAGCACCGCUGUGCCGCUGCCCAGGCCCAGGCCCCCCGGCGCUUUGAGUGUGCCACCUGUGGCAAGAAAGUGGGCUCAGCUGCCAGGCUCCAGGCCCACGAAGCUGCCCAUGCAGCGGCAGGUCCAGGGGAGGUCCUGGCCAAGGAGGCGGCCACACCCCGACCCACGCGGGCUGCACGCCCCCCACCCCCUGCUUCCUUGCCUGCCACCUCUCCUGCCACGGCCCCCACAGCUCCUGCCCGGCGACGGGGAUUAGAAUGUAGCGAGUGUAAGAAGCUCUUCAGCACAGAGACGUCACUGCAGGUGCAUCGGCGCAUCCACACGGGGGAGAGGCCUUACCCAUGCCCAGACUGUGGCAAGGCCUUCCGCCAGAGCACCCACCUCAAAGACCACCGGCGCCUGCAUACCGGGGAGCGGCCCUUCGCCUGCGAGGUGUGUGGCAAGGCCUUCACCAUUGCCAUGCGCUUAGCUGAGCACCGCCGCAUCCACACUGGCGAGAGGCCCUACGCCUGCCCUGACUGUGGCAAGAGCUAUCGCUCCUUCUCCAACCUCUGGAAGCACCGCAAGACCCACCAGCAGCAGCAUCAGGCGGCUGUCCGCCAGCAGCUGGCCGAGGCGGCGGCCGAGGCAGCAGCCACUCUCACAGUGGUGGAGACGGCCGUUGAGGGUCUACCCCUGGUGGAAACCAUUGAGAUCUACCCGCUGGCGGAAGGCGACGGGGUGCAGAUCAGUGGGUGACCGGGGGGGGGGGGUCCCCUGACCCUGAUGCCUUGUACAUGUGCUCAGAUACAUUGUCGUUUCUCCCCCACCCCUCCACACCCCCAGGCCUGGCUGUGAGCAGCUGGUUUGGGCAGGAGGCUGGCCCAGCCUCUGUACAUACUAAGGUAUCUCUUCUCCCGUCUUCGAUGUUCGUUCAGUAACUGGGUUUUUCUCUCAUCCCGGUUAAGUCCUUGUUCCAGGGUCCCUACUAUGCCCAUUCCCUACCCAACAGUUCCCAACCCUGGACCCAAGGCUGCCAAUAAAGACUGAGUUGGA